GCAGCGGCUGUGGCCGGCGGACGCUCAGCGCCGGGCCGAGACAAGGGGAGGGGGAAACCGGGGUCCCGGAGCUACGUCACUGGGGGUACCCCGUUACCAAGGAGACCGGGGUCCUGGAGCUACGUCACCGCGGGGACCCCGUUACCAAGGAGACCUGGGUGUCGCAGCUACGUCACCAGAGGGACCCGUUACUAAGGAGACCGGGGUCCCGGAGCUACGUCACUGGUGGUACCCCGUUACCAAGGAGACCGGGGUCCCGCAGCUACGUCACCAGAGGGACCCCGUUACUAAGGAGAUCGGGGUCCCGGAGCUACGUCACUAGUGGUACCCCGUUACCAAGGAGACCGGGGUCCCGCAGCUAUGUCACCAGAGAGACCCCGUUACUAAGGAGACCGGGGUCCCGGAGCUACGUCACCGGGGGACCCGGUUACCACCAAGGCCUGGGUUCUAGAGCGGUGUUGCCAAGGAGGCUGAAGUGCUAGAUCCUUGUUGCCAAGGCGACCCGGGAUCAUGCCCACCAGCCUGGCUGCCCUGGAGGCCGGGGGGCUCUAGCGCUGCGUUGCUAGGAGACCAGGGUUCUAGAGUGCCAGCACCGAGAGGAGGGGUCAGACAAGGGCUCCGGCUGCGCAGGAGCCUGGUUGCCAUGCCGACCAGGUGUGAGUUCUAGAGCAGCGUUGUCAAGAGACACGAUGUUCGGGAGCCACUUUCCCGUGGGGGGGGCAGGUUUUCUAGACUGGCGUUCGUGAGAGGUUCUCGGUCCUGAGGGCAGAGGGAACAGCUAGAGACGAGCGCGGGACGGGGGUGUUUCUGGAGCUCUGUCAGGAAGGGGGGUUCUAGAGCCAUAGAGCAGGGGGUCUAGAGCUGGGAAAGGGCCCUGCCAGGGUCCAGAACUGCUUUGCACAGGAAGGCAAAGGGGAUCCAGAGCUGGGGAAGGGGGAGGGGUCCAACCCGUUCCUCUCCCUCUAUCUCAGCCUCCAUGGCCCCCAUGCUUUGGCUCCCCUGAGCCCCCAGGGGGCGGUUGCAGGGUCCCCCCACCCCCUGCAGGGAGCCAGUGCACUUUAGCAGCAGCCAGGGGGAGGAGACGAUGCCGUGAGCUGCUGUGUCGUCAGCUACUUAACGAGGGAGGGAAUGGGAGGGAAUUAAUUCCCCCCCCAACACACGCACAGGGCAGGAAAGGCUGGGGCAGGAGCUGGGUACAUUUCCAGCCACUGCUACCAUGAGUUGCUCCGGUCUCAGCCAGUAAACUGUUCAGAGAAGACUAGAACCCAGGCGUCCUGGCUGUCAGCCCCCCCCCCCCCCGCUCUAACCCACUAGACUCCACUCCCCUCCCAGCGCUGGGAUAGAACCCAGGAGUCCUGACUCCCAGCACCCCCUCCCCAAUGCUGGGGAGGGGGAGCCGGCCAUGCCGUCUGAGGCCCUGCCCUGCUUCCAGCUGCUGCGCAUGGGCCCAGCCUGCCCGGGGGAUGACCCGAACCGGGACCUGCACACCUUCCGGCCGGCCGGGCCGCGCUGCACCUACCGGCUGGGGCGCCGGGCCGAGGUCUGCGACGUCCCCCUGUUGUCGGAGCGCAACCCGGGGCUGGUGUCCCGCGUCCACGCCGAGAUCCACGCCGAGAGGGACCCGCACAGCACCGCCGGGGAGUGGCGGGUCUGCCUGGUGGACUGCAGCACCCACGGCACCUACGUCAACGCGGUGCGGGUGCCCCGGGGCCAGCGCCUGGAGCUGAGCGACGGAGACCUGGUCACCUUCGGCCACCCGGACCCUGUGCCCGAGGGCUGCGCCCUGGCGCCCCCGCCUGGCGACUCGGAGUUCUGCUUCCUCUUCCAGAAGGUGCGGGUGCAGCCCCAGGAUUUCGCCGCCAUCACGGCCCCCAAGGCCCCCUGGCCGCUCCCCUGCGGCUUCAAACCCGUGCUGCCCGGCGGCAACCAUCGCAUCCGGCCGCUAGCCCGGCCCGUGGGGCCCUCCCGCCCCUCGCGCCCCAAGGCCACCCUGAUCCUCAGCUCCAUCGGCAGCAUCAGCAAGCUCAAGCCGCAGCCGCUGACGUUCACCCUGAGCCGGGGCCCGAGGUCGGAGCCGGCCGCCCGGCCCGGGGCCUCCAGGAACCGUCGGAAGUCGGCCCACACGCUGCUCCCCGAGCUGGAGGACGAGGUGACCCGGCUGGACGAGGAGCAGUGGCCUUGCGAGCCGGACGGAUACAGCUGCCAAAGCCCGCUGCGCAGGGCGCCGGAGGGGGCAGGGAGCGGCAGGGCGCAGCCGGACGCGCGACUGAAGGUCCAGGUCACGCCAAGCGGGAAGCGGCGGGGGCGGCCGCGGAAGCACCCGCUGCGUGACACCUGCCAGGUGUUCUCGCAGACGCUGCUGGCGGCGGAGCCCUGCGCGGCCCCACGCUGCCGCCUGCCCCAGGACGAGACGGUGCAGUGGGUGCAGUGCGACGGCUGCGACGCCUGGUUCCACGUGGCCUGCGUGGGCUGCAGCUACAGCGCCGUCCAGGAGGCCGACUUCCGCUGCGGGGGCUGUCGCACGUAGCCGCGGGGCAGUGGGGGACGGAGCACGGGGCAGCCAGGAGACCGGAGACUGUGCAAGAUGGGCAGGGAAUGGUGAAACCGUGCCAGGCAAUUGUGGGUGCAGACAGUGACUGGUGAAACUGUGCCAGGCGAUUGUGCGCACACAGGCAGCGACUGGUGAAACCAUGCCAGGCGAUUGUGCGUGCAGACAGUGACUGGUUAAA